AAUCAGAGCUCAAGUAAAACGAAAGACAAAAUAGCUAAAGCUGUUGAGUGUUACUGUGUCGAGAGAAGCAGCGAAAAAUGGGAAGGAAGAAGGGAGUAGUAGAGUUCGAGGAAUCGCCGCCGGAUGACUUCGAUCCAUCGAAUCCGUACAAGGACCCAGUGGCGAUGCUGGAGAUGAGGGAGCACAUUGUGAGAGAGAAGUGGAUCGAUAUAGAGAAAGCCAAGAUCUUGAGAGAAAAACUCAAGUGGUGCUAUCGUAUCGAAGGCGUCAACCACCUCCAGAAGUGUCGCCACCUCGUUCAUCAAUACCUCGAUGCCACUCGCGGCGUUGGUUGGGGCAAGGACCAUCGUCCUAUUUCUCUCCAUGGUCCCAAGGUGGAGGCAGCUGAAGCUGAAUGAUUUAUUCUUCUCUGCCUUGUUUAUAUUAAGGUGACUGAAUUUUGGAGAUUUAUGCUGAAAGUGAGGGGCGCCUGAGGCAUUCAUGUGUAUUAAUUUAAUGCGUUGAAGCUAUUUUAGUGCUUUAUAUGAAUUCCUGUAAUCUACUGUUUUUUCUUCUCUUUCUUGCCAUGCAUGAAGGCCAGAAAUAACUGCCUUUGGAUCUUAUUGGCUAUCCAAAUAAUAUCAGUGAUUUGGACAGGGACAAUGAAAGAAAGUAACUCAGAUGAUGAAAUAAGUUUCGUGACAUUGCCUCUUUUGUUCAAUUGUGAUAGAUUAUGAUUUUGUAGUCUCGCUAAA